CUUCUGCCCAACUUUGACAGCGUCUACUCACAGAGUGUGGGUACACAGCCAGAGAACAUCAGCAGGAACAGCAGCGUGCAAGCCAUCGCCUACAACGUGAACCGCGUGCAGCUGUCGAGAAUCACGGCGGAGAGCUUCAACGCCGCCAUCGGCGGCGGCGAGGAGGAGGAGGAUGAGGAGGAGGAGGAGGAGGGCGUUGACGCCAGCGACGAUGACGAUGAUGACGGCAGCGACGACGAGGAGGAGGAGGAGCAGGAGGACGGUGACGUCAUCGCACCAUCCUCCAGCUACAUCAACGCCUCGCUCAUAGACGGCUAUCAGGGUGUGGGAGUGUUCGUGGUCACUCAGAGCCCCACCGAGGGCGCCGUCUCGGACUUCUGGCAUCUCGUGGUGCAGUUGGGAGUCACUCACAUCGUGUCUCUGUCGAGAGAGGCUGGUGAGGCUGGUGAAGUUGGUGCAGGUGGUGAGGGUGGUGCAGGUGGUGAGGGUGGUGAGGGUGGUGAGGGUGGUGAGGGUGGUGAGGGUGGUGAGUGCUGCUACUGGCCCAGUGCGGGUGGUGCACUGCUGAUCGGCGCCUUCCAGGUGACCCUCACCAGCUGCACGGAGCCGGCGCCAGGCAUCACCAGACGCUCGCUCAGCGUCAGCUGCAUGCACGGCCGCCGUGAGGUCUCACAGCUGCAGUGCCCUGCCCAGCGGCUACUCAGCUCCCCGGCCCUUCUCUGCACUCUGGCCGAGGAGUUGGGGCCAGCUUUGGGGACCCCUCCAAUCCUCGUCCACUGCGCAGACGGAAGCUCUAUGAGCCCUACUGUCUGUGCUGCGCUGUCCGUGCGCUCCAUGGCUCUGGGCGAGUGCCGUGUCGAUGUUUUCACCACGGCCAAGCGCGUCCGCAGGCAGCGGUCAGGAGCUCUUCCAUCGCUGGAUCACUACCGCUACUGCUACGAAGUGGCCACCAUCAUGGCCUGUGCCAACGGUGGCCCUGUGGAGCAGACGGCCACCACCACCACCGCCACCACCACCACCACCACCGCCGCCACCACCACCGCAGCAGCCAAUGGGGAUCCAACCACCACAGCCGCCACCACCACCCCCUCCAUCACCACCACCACCACCACCACUCCCGCAACCACCACCACCACCGCCACCACCACUCCUGCAACCGCCACUCUGAGCAUCGUCAACGAAACGGCAGAGGAUUCUGGGAAUGGCGGAGCGAGGAAUUCUGGGAAAUCCGAGCGGGAGUUGGAGGCCCGCGGCGGCGAUGGAGAUGGUUGUGAUGAUGUUGAUGGUGGUGGUGAUGGUGGUGGUGGUGAUGGUGGUGGUGGUGAUGUUGGUGGUGGUGGUGGUGUUGAUGGUGAUGGUGCCCGAGGGGGUUGUACUGGAGCUGUGACGCCUGGAGCAGAAGGCCCUGGGACAGCCGAGGGAGCAGUGGCUACCCAGACGGUCGUCUAAGACGCCGUGGGAUUGUGGGGAGAUUGUGGUGG